AUGCUGCGGCCCACCAAGUUCCACGCGCCGCCGGCCUUCGACUCGCACCCGUCCGACGUGGUGCUCGUCAAGUCCUACCUCCGGCCCUGGGUCGCGCAGGGCGUCCGUCCCGCGGGCGCCUUCGUGCACGCGGCGGACCUCUACGCCGCUGAGCCCGGCGAGCUCGCGCGGCGGUUCCGCGCCGCCGUGGCGCGGGACGGCGAGCGCGCGUGGUACUUCCUCUCGCCGCUCCGCACCAAGAGCCCCCGCGGGCGCCGCAAGGCGCGCACCGUCGCGGGCGGCGCCGGGUGGUGGCACGGCGAGGCGGGGCCCCGCCCCGUGCUCGACCCGCUCGACGGCCGCCGCAUGGUCGGCUACCGCCAGAGCUUCUCGUUCAUGCGCCGGGGCGCGGACGGCGCGCCCGUCCGGACCGGGUGGAUCAUGCUCGAGCUCCGCCUCCACGACGACGACGGCGGCGACGGCGCGGGCGGGAUCGGGGACCAGCUCGAGGGGCUCGUCCUGUGCAAGGUGUACCGCAGCCCGCGCCACCCCGGGCACGCGGACGGCGACGACCUGGACGAAUCUUGCGCGGCCGCGCCAGCUGGGCGCCAUAGCAACGUCGCGGAGGACGACGGGAGCUCCGACUCGCCGGCGGCGCCACCUGGAGGCAAGAGGAAGGCGGGCGACGACGGAGAACCCAGCGCGGCGACGCCUAGGCGCCAUAUCAGGACGGCUGACGACGAGACCUCGGGCGCGGCAGCGCCGACGGUUCUUGGGCCCAAGGAAAAGACGGCGGACGACGGGAACGAGACCUCUGGCGCGACCACGGCCGCGGCGCGCGGGGACGAGGGGGGAAAGAAGGCGGCGGACGACGAGGACUCGUCGGCAUCGACGCCUCCGCGCAAGAGGGCGAAGACGGCGGACGACGAGGGCGCCAAGAGGAUGGCCGGCGCCCCGGCGACCCAGCAGCUGCACUGCCCUCAGUGCGGGUUCCACCUCGGCUCGUUGCAGGCGGUCGUGUCCCCGGCCAAAUCCACAUCGGAGACGAAGACGGGGAUUGGUCAGGCCGACGAAACCCAGGGAGGUGGAAGAACGGGUGAUCUUCCAGCGAAGGAUCUUUUGAGAUUCAGAGAUCCCAAGCAAGCAUGA